AAAGGUAUUUUGUAGGGGAGAAAGAAACGUUCGUCGAAUCCUCCUCCUCCUCUUCAUUCCCUUGAUCGCCGUCGUAUGUUCAGCUGCGAGUGAUAAUAGAAUGGAGGAAGAGAGGGAUGGAUCGAGGAAAAGCAGGAAGGAGAAGGAGAUGGAGAGGCGGCGUCUAAGGGAUAGAGAGAGGAGACAGUCUAUGAGCCAAGAUGAGAGGGAAAGGCAUUUAGCUCGGCGCCGCAAGAAUUAUCAGCUACGAAGGCAGAGAGCUGAGGUGAGCCGCAUCGGCUCUCAGAUCCAAGAACUCACCGGAGAAGGGAGCCAGUUAGCAGUGACAUCACCUCCACACUCCGGAGAUAGCAGUACUGUCCCGUUGGUUGAUUCUGAUCAGAGUGUGGGAAUAACAGUGGAGGAGUUCGGUAAACUGGUGGGGACGAUACGGCUUAGCCGUGUGAAGCAUCUGGCAAGGACACUGAGAAAGUGGAGUACUAAUGGUGCAGAAGCAAGCAGCAGUAAUAGUGGAGGAACUAACGCAAUGACAAGACGUGCAAUGUCAAGUGGGCUACGUCUGAGUCGAGUGAAACGACUGGUGAGAUCAAAGGGACAGCAGGAGGGGUUGUUGUCGUCACAACAUUCACCAACAUAAGGACUCCAGCUUCAGUAGAGUUCACAAACUUGAACGCCGAGCCUCAUAUGAUAUAUGUUAGCGUGUUUGUAAAAGUCAUGAACACAUUAUGUUUUGGAGACA